AUGAAAUUCCUUAAAAUCUAUGAAGCUGCCUCAGGACAACUGAUCAAUCUGGACAAAUCAGCAGUCUUUUUUAGUAGAAACAUGCACUAUGAGCAAAGGGCAGAAGUAUGCCAAGCACUGGGAGGGAUGGUUGAAGCAAAGCAAGGGAAAUACUUGGGACUUCCAAUGGUGAUUUCAAGAACUAAGGAUCGGAUCUUUGGCUUCGUAAGAGAAAACAUAAAAAGAAGACUUCAGAACUGGAAAAACAAAUUUCUCAGCUCAGCAGGGAAAGAGGUAAUGUUGAAGGCAGUUGCAAUGGCCAUGCCAACGUACGUCAUGUCAUGUUUUAAGCUGCCAAGAAAACUUUGCAAAGAAAUUAGUGCUUUGAUGGCCAACUUCUGGUGGGAAGAAACAAAUGGCAGGAACAAAAUGCACUGGAUUUCUUGGGAAUGA